GACUCGGCGGGCACGUGACAAAACUGGGUCUUGGCGGAGGUACACACGGAAGUGAGUCCAGCAGCGCAGACAGUUCCUGCUCAGCGGACCGUUUGUCCCCCGGUUUGCGGUCCCCUGUGCGCUGAGAGACAACACGAUGGACAAGCUGCUCGUCGUGGCGGCAGCCGUGAGCCUGGCGGCUUUUGCUCAGGUGGACUGUAGCUCCGCCACCGCGAGGACAGUCAGCAGGACGCAGAUUCUGGGCUUCGACUGGCAGAACUGUGGGCAGCCAGAUGCUCCAGCUGUGCUCAAGACUCUGACUCUGUCUCCAGACCCGAUCACCAUCCCCGGAGACCUGAGGGCGUCGGCCUCUGGGUCCACGUCUGUGGAGCUGAGCGCCCCCCUCUCUCUGAACGUGACCCUGGAGAAGGAGGUGGCGGGUUUCUGGGUGAAGGUGCCCUGUUUGGAAGAGCUGGGCAGUUGUCACUACGCAGACGCCUGUGAUAUCCUGAACCAGCUGAUCCCUCCGGGUCAGGACUGUCCAGAACCGCUGCACACCUACGGACUGCCCUGCCGCUGCCCCUUCAAGGCUGGCUCGUACUCUCUGCCGCAGUCCGACUUCUACCUGCCCCACAUGGACCUGCCCUCCUGGCUGACCAACGGGAAUUACCGCGUGCAGGGCGUCCUGGGCGUGCAGGGUCGAGAGCUGGGCUGCCUCAAAGUCGCCCUGUCCCUCCACUCCGACUGAACGGCGCCACAAACCGUCAGGGGGUUCCAGCUUUUUGUUUACUCGCACAUUAAAAUGAAACUGGGUUGGUGGUUUUACUUGCUUACUGAUGUUCCUUUAAAUCCCAUCUGAGCCAGCAGUUCGCUCUGUCUUUCUGCUCACUUCCUGUCCUGCAGCCCAUCAGUGAGCCAACACGAAACAGAGAGAGCCGAAACCUGACCGAUGUCACGUUAGUUUAAUUCUCUUCUCCAAAAGUUGAAUCAAGUUGCCUGGAAAAUGAAAAGAUUUGUUUGCUCAGGAAAAAGUAGGAAAAAGCCGAGAUGUUUGGUUGAAAGUUCCCUGCAUGGCCCUCGAUCUCUCUACCUGCAGGUUAUACGCAUUUUAAAUGUUUCUCUUUUAGAGUUUCACGUGGGCGUGAUUUGGAUGUUAGCGAAAAAUGUGCUCAAACCUCCCAGAGGCUGAAGCCCAGAGGGAGUCGAGGUAAACGUCCAACAACUUCACCCAAACAAUGACAGAAAUUCAGCAUUUGGCUAAAACCUCUUCGGCUGUUCGCUGUAGUUGCUACGUUCAUCAGUUCAUCAGUGGAUCCACAUGAUUGUUUUGAUUUUUGGGUGAACUGUUCCUUUAAAAUCCAGAUGAAAUGACUUUUCCAGAGUGUCGAGCUGCCGUAGCUUUGAUGUUGUAAGUUAUUUUGGAGUAAAACAGACAUCGCAAAGCCUGCAGCCGUGAACCGCAGCCACGGCGACGCAGUGUGACGUCGCCGGCCCGCCGCCGGCCCGCCGCCGGCCCUCAGCUCUGUGGGUGGAUGUCGUGAGCUUGAAGGCUACAGCAGUUUGGCACACGUUUCGUUUUGUUUUCCAGGGAGAAAACAUGAUUAACUUUUGAUGUAAGAACACAGAAACGCUGAAGGCUUUGAAAGGUUUUUCUCAUCUCAGGCAGAAAGCUGAGACUCUGUUUUCCUGUCACCUGUCGGGUCUCACCUGUCGGGUCUCACCUGGACUCCCGUUUAAAGCAGCUGUUUAGAGAAGAGAGGACCAAGUGCUGAACCCACAGCUUUUCAUUUGGCAGCGUCUUUCUGUCCAGAAAGAACAAGCAGGAAGCUGACAAUCAACCCAAAGUACGGGAGCCUGUUGGACUCAGAUGAGACUGAAGUUCGAGUUGGUCGACUGUUUCUGUGUUUCUUACCUUCUGGGCUACAAAGAGUGUUUUGGGCGAUCUGUGCAGGUUUGUUUUAAAAGGUGCUUUCUGCUCUUUUCUUCAAAAACUGUUCAAGUUUCUAAAAUGGGGAAGUUUGCUGGGAUUGAUUUUCUUGUGUGUGAUGUGAUUUGAUCUUUUUGUUAUUUUGACUUUAUUUCCACUGAGUGCCUGAUUUGAGCUUUGGGAUGAUAUGCUUUGUCAACAGGUGACAGUGAAGUAUGAUGUCAUUAGUCAGAGAUUCUGAUGUUAAUCUGCCUGAAUGUUGACUUGUUUUGUCCUGUGGCGACGACAGCUGAUGGGAUGAGCGUCCACACAGUGUACAGUUUUUAAUAAACUUUACCCCAUCAA